UGCUCCGUUGGCCCUAUGGUGCUCCGUUCGCCAUUUUAUAGUGCUCGGGUGGUCAAUCCUGGCGCGAGAAACCUAUCUUGCGAAAUAGUUUGGUGUAAGGUGAGUAUGUACAGCCCUUGAAUCGCGUAAGUUACAGAUGACGGCUGUUCCGUCACCACUCCAUGCGUGCACGUUUUGAACAGCAUCAUGACGCCGGUCGAGUGCUUGAAGUUGAACUAUCAGAGCACCAAUGUCUUCGUCGACACGAUUACAUUCAACGUCCUUGCCCGGUUCAAUGACGCACAACGACCCCCUCGACGGAUACAACGAAGACGAAACCUACCGUGACCUUCCCCUCGCAGCACUACCCAUCGCCAUCGACCUCGAAGAAGAUAUCAUCGGUAUCCUCCACUACCUCCCCUCCGACCUCGUAGAAUCCAUCAUCGACCUCGUCAGUGACAGAGAGACAUUAAAAGCGUGUACUCUAGUAUGUCGAGCUUGGGUACCCAGAAGUCGAAAACACCUCCUCGACAUGUCACUCGUCCGAAUGGAUCGCGUCAAAGCAGAAUCCUUCAUCCACCUCUCAACCUCCCCCCACUUUUCCCUAAAACGAAUCCCAAACCUCCAUCUCUCCUUCCGUGGAGAAUCCUCCAGAAUGGCAUCACAAGUCGUUCCCAUAUUAUCUCACCACCAAGUUUGGGUGGAAUCCCUAACAGUCGUCGCAGACACGUUUUCAUCUGGGAGUUGUAAGGAAUCUCUCGGUUUGAUUUCGGCGAUGUGGAAGAUGUCAGUGACAGAAUUGGAAAUACAGAAUUAUCUUUGUGAUAACCUCCGGGAUGUCCUUCCUUUCGUUCAUUCGUUUGGGUGUUUGGAAGCGUUUAGGUUGACAGGCACGUUUCGGGGACGGGUUUCUGCGAGGAAACUACCAAGUCGGUUGAAAAAGUUUACGUUCUCCAACUCCCAUUCUCACCCGUAUUCUCGUGGGACGGAGGAAGUUUUGCAUUGGUUGACGUCACCCAAAGACGGUGUACCACCGCGGCUUUUGGAGUUGAAUCUCAAGGGACUUGGGGGAUCUGGGGGUUUGAGUGAAUUGAGGAAACUAUUGGAGGUGCCAACCUCGAGGGCUUUGCAAGAUUUGACGUUGAGUUCUAUCACGUUUACUCACGAUGGUCAUUAUUUCAUUACACUUUCACCAUCGAAAAUUCAAUUUUAUUUUUUAUUUUUACAGAUCUCAUUCCAGACCUUCAGAACCUCCACUCGCUUCGACGGUUUUCUAUCGCACCUCGUAUCACCCCACAGAUCACGGAUACCCUCUAUUUCCUCCUGAAAAUGAUCAUGUCGGUUUCUUCCCAUCUCUUGAAACAAGUCGAACUAUCGAUACCAGGAAUUCCUCUCGAAUACCUUCACGAACCACCAUUUAGGAGCCUUGAUGAUGCCUUUCAGGAAUCUCCUGCUCUUUUGGGGGUCAACACGUUUACUAUCCAAUCUUCCCAGACGGUGGUGAUGUUGCUUCGUCAUUGGCUAGUUAGAUGCCAGGAUAGAGGGAUCGUUGAGUUUGUUGUUACCCCUUCCAGUUUCAUCCGAUAAUUCAUGAUUUUCCCGAACGGAUUUUCUUUGCAGCACCAGUUUGAUUUGUAUUUUUAGUAUUACACUUGACUUCCCAUCCCCUGCAAUACAAGUUUCAAACGCA